GCAGGGAAAUGGAAGUUAACCUUCAGAAAAUGCCUAGCAAACCAACGCUAAAAAACGCCGUUUGUAUUAUAAGUUUUGAUUCGAGCAAUUUGGAUGAGUACAGCGGAAUAAUCAAGGAGACGGUCAGUCAAAUUGGAGGGGUUUCUUUCCGCACACAUGUCAUCAGAAAGCACAAGGAUAUACCUAAACUUCCGCAAUGCAAACUGUACAUAAUGUGUGUGGAGUUCACAGAAAGGCACGUGAUAAUAGAGGAACAAGGUUUGGGACUUGGCGACCUAAAGCUAACUUCAUAUCGGGGUGUUAGGAAGUUAGGAGGAGCUUUGGUGAUAUUGUACAUACAUGACCCCGGCUCGAGGCGCCUAACAGACGACCAGCUAUACAGUGAUGGUUUUUAUUGUGUGAAGAAACAACAAGAACUGAAGGAAUUAUGUGAACUAGAUCGGUUCAUAAGUGCACACAAGAAAUUAAACACAGCACAAAAGAAGGCUUUGGAAACUGCUAUAACUGAUGAGCUUAAUUUACAGGCCGCGAGGUAGAUAUUGAUGUAUAAACAGUUGAAUAUGUCGCGUGUCUUCUGGCUUCUCGCAUGACAUUGACAUUUAUAUAUUCUUAGAAGUGACUUUUUGUAAUAGCAAUGAAAAUGAAUGAAUAGUUUUCGGUUUUACCUUGAUUUGGUUGUAUUGAAGUUUUAAGUAACUGGUAAAAAUAAUUUAAUAAGUGGUAGCGUUCAUGUCAACAAUUUUUUUGAAUCACAAAGCGAUUUUGGCAUAAUUCAUUCUAUAGUUUCUUACAAAACUUCAUAACAAAUGAUGUGUAAUUCGUAGUAAAGCGUCAUUCAUUUUAAAAAAGAAUAUAACAUGAAAUUGUAGACUUUUUUCUUAAGACAAUUAUUUCGACUAGAAUUUAUUGUUGUACGUGUGUUAUUUGUCUGCGCAUUUUCUUCGACGUUUGCCUAUGUGCGUGUGUAUGUGCGUGCUAAAAUAAACUUGUAGAAAUG